AUGGAAUACACAUACCCUCCAACAUACAACACCCAGGGCUGGGAGGAAGGUCUUUCCUUGAUGUCACAAGGGCAGUUCGCCUCCACCGAUGUCGAUGCUGGCAACCUCUCCGCCAGCUACCCCCUCCUCGCCGCGGAAUAUCCGACACAACAAACAAUGGCUCAACAUCUGUACGAUCAAAUGCCCAUGGUUGAGCUAUAUCGACCUCCCAAGCCCGCAUGGGCAUCACCCCUUCCCCACCUCGGCCACACGGCCACGGGGCCUUCAUAUAUCGCCAGGAACAUUUUCUACCGACCUCCUGAGCCCGCAUGGACAUUGUCCCUCCCCCAUCUCGGCUACAUGGUCGCUGGGGCCUCUCAUGUCGGCGGAGGCGACAUCUACGUCUCCCAGCAAAUGCUGCCGGCUGGGGGAAGUUAUCGCCAGGCAGCACCAAUUGCCUGCGAGCCCGCUGAUGGCGAGUCCUUUCUCCAACAAGGGCCGGCGCCAGCGUACUGCGGCCCAUCUCAUGCCGUACAACCUCAGAGCAGCGACGUACAGCUGAUGGGGCAACAUAUCGCCAGCUCGCGCGCGCGGCAGCAUCACCUCAAGAGGGAGUCGACGCUCCCCAUGCCAUCAUCUCAGGCGAGUAUGGGUAGGGAGGUCACGGCCAGGACCACAUUCUCCACAAGGCGAUGGCGUCCGAUCCUGCCUCGUACAGCGGGCACUGCUCCGGCCCAGGCGGGCAGCUUCGAGGGAAAUACCCUUGACCAUGCAACAUUAACACCAAGAAAGUCCCUUCGCAGGAAGACUCCUGCGAACAGGAUCAGUCCCAAGGCUGUAAAGGCGUUGGGCAAGGGGAAAUCCCGCGCGAGGACCGCAACGCCGGUUCCCAGGACGGGAAGAAAGGAGACGCCGUACCUCGGUGCGAAGCACAGAUGUGAUCCCUGCAGGAAGGGUUUCGGGCGCAAGUACGAGAGGGCGCGGCAUAUGAAGUGGGGAGCCGCACACAGGGUGGGAUCGAUCGCAUGCGACCAGUGCAACAAGACCUUCAGUCGGCCAGACUCGCUCAGGAAUCACCAGCGCGCAGCCCAUGACUGA